AUGUUUGAACGUCCAACAAAGACACUUAAACAUUCUUUAUUCAACGUGUUUGAAAAUGCACAAGAUUAUGUAGCGGAUGUCUGCUUUGACUAUCCCAACCAAAAGCAAAAAAUAUGGGCACAUAAGGCUUUGCUGAUUGCCAGAGUUCCUGAAGCAUUUCGAACAAAGUACAUGGCCCCACUCGAGCAGCAGCAGCAACAAGCAGCUGAACAUGAAGAAACCACCACCACCACCACCACCACCACCACCAAACAAGCUACAAUUACACUCGACAUUAGCGUUGUCAUCCCUUACACAACACUCCGUCAACUUCUCCGCUUUUGGUACAUUGCUCAAUUCUCGGCUCCUCUAGACGAUGCCUCACUGUUAUCCAGCCAUGUAGCUGGCCUUGACCUGGAAGAUGCAAGCUCCAGCUUACAGUCCGAAGUGGAAUUGAACAUUCGUCGUGAAAUUACAGCAUUGGAAGAGCGACUCGAGGUCAAACUGAUACCAGUGCCAUCCACUGUAGGACCGCAUGCUGAUACACACCAAUGGACCAGUGAUCUGAAACGCAUGAUGGAUGAAAAGAUCUGUUGCGAUGUUGUGGUGAAUAUCUUCAAUGUGCCUCAUGGACAGCCAAUCACAAAUCAAGUGUCCUUCCCAGCACAUCGUUUCAUACUGGCAAGUCAAUCACCCUACUUUUAUUCUGUAUUCUGCACUGAGUUCCGAGAAGCAUCCACCUCAUCAGUUCAUAUGCCAUCCGACUUGUUUUCUUCCACUGCACUGCAAGUCAUCUUGCACUACUUUUACACCGACAUGUUGAUUUUGCCCCCCUUUGUCUCAGCUGGCACCAAGAAAUCUCAACCCCAUAUUGCUCGCUUGAACGAAAAAAAGCAUGAAUUGCGUAUAUUGCAAAAGGUGUUUGGUGCUGCUGAUUUCUUAGGUCAUUAUGAUACCAUCUGUAAGGCAGUUUUGGUCAAGAUGUCUGUCAUUUGCCACCAUUUCAAAUGUGUGUGUACAGAAUGCGCAGUGCUGUUACCAUCCAUGCUAUUGUUUGCAGACAAGAAUGAAAAGUAUGUUUCGAAAUUGCGACACAAAUUGCUCUCUCUUUAUGCUGAUCCGCUGGAUUCCUUGGCUCCUCUCUGGUCUCAGAAGCCAUUCGCCAUCUUGGUCAACUCACUGAAUUCAGCUCAAGCAGCGACCACAGCGCCUGUGAUUCCAUCCACUACGACAGCAAGCACACUCAACAGUACGACAAACAAGGCUGAUUCUGGAGCAGAAGUAAUAUCUCAAAUAUUCAGCAACAAAGCAUCCGCCGUUCCACCUCCAGCUGCCACGACUACCAGCAAUGCCACCGCCUCUGCUACCCCACAGCAAGCUAAUUCAUUGGAUGGCACUCAAUCUCUCUCCUCAUCAUCUACCACAACGACCAUACCAACAGCAAAUGAACUGGGUUUAGUAGCCGAGUUGACAGAGCGCACAUUCGCCAACAUUACCAAGCAUAAUUCAGUGCGUGCACUUCAUUCGCUUCAUUUGUGUCUUUCGUACCUCCGUGGAGCUGAUCCCUUCCCGACAUGGUCGCAACCUGUUCUGACUAUUCUAAACCAGUUUUUGCACUACACGGUUGACAUGAUCUCCAGCAAUUUCGACUAUUACUGUGUUGAAUAUCCCAUCUUGCUGUCUUGCGUAGAUGGCAUAGGGUUCGGAUUCUCUGUGGACUUUUUGGGAUUUGUGUUAACUCGGGUGUUGACGGAAGGUAUUCAUGAUGGUAAUGCAGCGAUCUUGUACCAGGGUAUUGUGCGUGAUCUUGGAGGCAGACAAGAGAUGGUGCGCAAUGUGGCUGUAGACAGUGUCUUACUGGACGCUCGGGUCAAGUGUGCCUCUUAUUUAUCAAGGCGCUGGAUGGCCGUGAAAGCCGAAGGCGGAUUCGUCAAUAUUGACAAGGAGAUUUUGAGGCUCAUUGCUGAAGAUAUUAAUGUACCCACAAAAGCCUUGACUAAGCCUUUAGAGAACGAUUUCUCAACCAUGUUUAGUUUCAAGCCUAAAAAGGCAUCUAAUACCACUGUGUCAAGAGCGGUGUCUAAGGAAGACGCUCUAGCAACAAGCACAAUACCAUCCUCCAAUGCAUCAAAGCGGUUGUCAUUCGGAAGCGCUACUGCAUCGAUCCAUCCUCAGGAUAACGAUACCCAGCUACCAAGUGGCCAAAGGCUAGGAAGAAGUCGUUCUUUAUCAGCAUCCAACAACACUCAGGAAUCCAUCUUGAAGAAGGAUUCUCAGUUACGCAAUCAUGGUCAUCAUUCUGAUAAUGAGGAUAUUGUCAUGUCAGUAGGUAGUAUUCGACGCAGCAGUAACAGUAAUAGCAGUAUCCAUUAUCGAUCUUAUCGGCGUCAGGGAUCGACCGGCUCUUUAACAGACGCAUUAUUACCUAUCGACACCAUCUCCAAAGAUGCAACAGCCGCUGAUACAUCAAAAGACGGCAAAACCGAAGCUGCACCGAGACCCACCCGGUUGAGAUUUGCAUUACCCGACACACCUAGUCGAGUGAAACCCAACUCGCACAGAUUGUCAGCGAUCCAAGGUAGCCAACAGCAUAGUGGAAAUAUGAAUCAUGCACAGAAGGCAGCCGCUAGAAAAGGACGUAGAGCUAAAUCACCCGGUAAAUCUAGAUGGAGCUUGGGCUAUAGUACCAGUGACAGCAGUGAUGAUGAAUCAGGUGGAAAAUACAAACAUAUACCAUUGGUCGGCCAAAAGGUAGAAUUGCUGAGACGUCCAUUACCGACACAAGGCACCAUAAAGUACAUUGGUGAAGUCGAAUUUGCAAAGGGAACUUGGGUUGGCGUAGAAUUAGAAUCAAGACUUGGUAAUAAUGAUGGCUCCGUUGAUGGUAAACGUUAUUUUGAAACUUUUCCUCAAAGAGGUGUAUUUGUGAAAAUUGAUGAUUUCAAAAUUAUUGCUCCUCCUGCAGAAAAGAAAUAA